UAUAAUGUUUUCUUAUUAAUUAUUACUUAAAUAUAAUACAUAUAUAUAUAUAUAAAUAGAUAAAUAUUAAUUAAAGAUAAAAUAAAAAUCUCUCUCUCGCUCCUUCUUCAUAUACAUAAUUCGGCUACAUUAAUAACUACCUUAAUAUAACAUCGUUCAAUUACAUAUUAAAAAAGAAUUACUAUUAUUAUGAUUAUAACUGCAAAUAGGAGUAAUAACAGAUGCAUUAUCGUGAUUUGAUCUGUCAAAUGUAAAUCAAAAAGAGGUCGUGCUAUUUCAGCGUAGUUUCCGACCUGGAUUAAGAGAUUUUCACUUUUCACACCGAUCAUUUACAUGGCGAAGGAAAACGAUAUACGGGUCACGGCAUAAAUAAAUAGCGUUUACUACAAAUGACGUGACCGCUCGUAAAGAAACUUUCGUCAUCGCUCGCGUGUACCCUUUCAGCGAGAGAGGGAAAGUAGAGAGAGAGACGUAGUUACGAAAGGUAGUGUCUGUCGUAUGUUUGAAUAUCUUUAAUACGAUUUCAUCUAGGUAACAUUUAAAUAUAUAAUAAUAAUGUAAGCGGAAGAGAAAAGAAAAGGAAAACAAAAAAAGAAGAAAAAAAAAGGAAAAAGAUCUCAUGCUAUAGCAAUUCAACUUUGUGAAAAACUUAUAACUCGCAGUAAUAUUUGCCAUUGCGUGGAAUUCAACUUGUUAUUCCGCAUGCUUAUCGUUAUAAUAUUUGAUCGUUCCUCACGCUCUCCCUCAUUUUCACGCCCGCAAAUUAGAACGAAUGGUUUCGAAGAAUGGAACGUAUUCCAUCGAACCGAUUGCAAGGUUUGACAAAAAAUAAUUUAAUUACGAGGCACGUUAUAACUUCUAGAAAUAUUUUAUAUAUUAUAUAUGUAUGUACUUUAUUAUAUACUUCUAGAAAUAUUUUGCAAAUUUUUUAUAAAAAACCGGAAAGAAGUCGUGUUUAUUUCAUUGUAAAGAUUAUACUUUUCUCUAUUUAAUAUUUAAAUUUUAUUUAAAAAGUAUAUAAAAUUGCAUCUAUUUGCUAUUCACGUUUUCAACCUGUAUAACCACUAUCUUUUGAAAACGGUUCCACUUGCAAUUUUACACUUUCUGUUUUUGCAAUUUCGCACUUUUUUACUAAAAAAAAUAGUAUUUGGCGUAGAAUUUUCUUACAAUUGUUAUUUUUGUACCCAAAAAAACGGGAAAAAAGAAUUUUCCAUAAAAAAAACCUUAAUAAUGCACUUAGUUUUGAUUACAAUAAAACUUAUCUAACGUGUAAUGUAUCUGUUAUAUGCAAAAUGUAUACAAAUAUAAACAGCUCUUUCUUAGGACUUUAACCACAGAUUUCUCAAAACUGUGACGAAAUAAAGCAACCUAAGUAAACAGGAUCGUAUUCUGCAUCGAAAAGAACGAAACAUGACUAUUUGCAUUCUUACAUAUUAUAUUUUUCUACUGAAUAGACUUAUCAAUAUAUAUUUGCAUUAUUUACUGGAAGUCCUUGACAGAGCACCGGCUUAUUUUCCAUUUAAAACGAGUUCGUAUCGCAGCCGAAAUCACAAAAAAUUAAUAAGUUCGGUCAAGUGCACAGAAGGAUUACCUUGAAGGAUCUUUUACAUGCCGUAAUGCGCGAGAUUGCCGUUAUCGGUCAAUUCUCUGUCCACUUACAUUUAGUAAUAGCAAAAUUAAAUUAGUCAGUAAUCAAUUACAUAAUUUCAAUAUUAAAAAUACUAUAAACAGUGCUUUUAAUACUCACAAUAAGAAAUAAUAAAUAAUAACUGACCGAUUUAAUGCUAUACUGCCAGUAUUAAAAUUUCUGUAAGAGAACUUUUUUUCCUUCUUCGCGCAAAUAAAUGACUAUCAUUGUGCCUCUCGUGACCUCACAGGAGAAAAAAAAAAAGAUUUAUCUCUCACCGGUAUAAACGUGUGUGAAAUGAGAGAAUUCUUAUUCCUCUUUUUUUAGUGGCAAAUAAAAACUAUAUCAUCGUGCUCGUUGUGAUUUCGUAUCGCCAGAAAAGAAAAAAUUAAUCACUGGUUAAUCUCAUGCUGCCGAUAUCAGAUUUCUGUAAUUGAAGAAAACGCAUGAAACCUCUCUUUCUUCUUACCCCGCGCGAAGAAAGAGCGACUGCAUCGUCGCGUCUCGCGUUAUCUCGUAGAAAAAAUGAAUAGUAAGUAUGUAACGAAUUUGCCAGUUCAAGGGUUUAAAGGCUUCGAGUGUCAAGACUAACAGAAGAAAUGUCUUUUUUCACGCGAAGGAACGACUGUAUCAUUAUCUCGUACCGAUGAAAAGCUGCUGAAGCGUCGCUCGCAAGGCUGCCGCAACAGCGAUUUCGACAUCAACGGGCCACGUGUACGUAAUAAUCUUAUAAUUCAGCCGACCGGUCGACUUUGGAUCGCUCUUCUCUUUCUUUCUUUCUUCGUUUAUCUUCCUCCUUUUUCGGGAGUUUAGAAACGUCAAGUCCGGUUUCGCGAGCCUGUACUCGAGACGACGAGCGCGAUUCGAUUACGCGAAUUAUGCAAGACUAGAUUUCGUAGACGCGCGGGUGUGCGAGCGUGUACGCUAUGAAAAUAAAUGAGAAAGCAUCAAGUCGGGAUCGGCGUGUGGUGUGCCUUUCCCAGUUCUACGACGACCGGUUCGCACCACUUCGCACCGAGCAUGGCCGAAUCCGAGGCCGAGGCACACGAAACAGUUCCAGCCGCGCGGCCCCACGUCGCAUUCGUUCGCCGACCGUUUCUUCUCGCGGUAAGUGCAGCGCACGAGGGACACGACGACGAUCGAUAUAAUUCCGUGGAUAAUCCGCGAUCCGAUUGUAUAGUAACGCACGGCCUCGCAUCUCGAGUCUUCUUCCCUCUAUCUCUUUGGUCGAUCCUUCGAUCGCGGGUGAGUGUGUGUGCAGCCACCGAGGUGCGUUCCACUACAAGAUGAAACGGGAGACUCUUGAAGAAUCAGUCCCCUCAGCCGCAAUGGAACAGAGCAAAAUGAACGACGUAGAGCCGGACAGAGUAGCCGAGACUAUCGGCGGUCGCAAGAUCUUUGUGACAGGUGGCACGGGAUUUUUAGGAAAGGUGCUAAUUGAGAAGCUUCUGCGAUGUAUUCCCAAAUUAGAUCAUAUCUACAUACUCGUCAGACCAAAGAAGGGAAAGGAUCCCAAGCACCGGCUCGAUGAAAUAUUCAAUUCUCCGCUUUUCGAGAAAGUCAAAGCCCAAAAGGGAUUGUCGACGCUUCAAAAAAAAGUAACCGCAAUUUGUGGAGAUGUGGCAUUACCGGGGCUUGGAUUAUCUCCAGAAGACCGAAAAAUGCUUAUUGAGAAUAUUAACAUCGUGUAUCACGGAGCAGCUACCGUCAGAUUUGAUGAACUGCUGAAGAAAGCGGUACUAUUAAAUACACGUGGAACGAAGCUGAUGUUAGAUCUAGCCAAAGAAAUAAAGAAUUUAGUUCUGUUCGUUCAUAUCAGCACGGCCUAUUGCCAUCUCGAAGAAAAGAUUUUGCGUGAGAAACCAUAUCCUCCACCCGCGGAUCCUCAUCAAGUAAUUAAAUGCGUCGAAUGGAUGGAUGACGAUGUGGUCGAAGCAAUGACGGAUAAGAUUCUAGGCAAACUACCUAAUACGUAUGCUUUCACGAAGGCUUUAUCGGAGAGUCUCGUCGAAGAAUCCAUGUCGCACAUCCCAUGUAUAAUUCUGAGACCAAGCGUAAUUAUUCCUAUCUGGAAGGAGCCCUUACCUGGCUGGACAGACAAUAUCAAUGGGCCUACCGGUCUUUUGAUCGGGGCUGGGAAAGGAGUGAUCAGAACGAUGUACUGUAACGAAAACGGCUACGCCGAUUAUCUACCCGUUGAUAUCGCCGUCAACGGUAUUCUUCUUGCCACAUGGAAUUUUAUUUAUUUCAAAGACUACGAAAAACGUGUUUUUAAUAUGACGAGUAGUGCAGAAUUUCAGAUUACCUGGGCGGAAAUAAUAAACCGUGGCCGAAAGAUAACGCAACAGUUACCUCUAAACGGAGUCGUCUGGUACCCAGGUGGUAGUCUGAAGAAAUCGCGACUCAUGCAUAAUAUUUGUAUAUUAUUCUUUCAUAUGAUUCCGGCGUAUAUCAUCGACGCGCUCCUUUUUUUAGCGGGGUAUAAACCAAUCAUGUGCCGUGUACAAAGGCGUAUAAACAAAGGAUUUGAAGUAUUCGAAUAUUAUGCUAAUAAUCAGUGGGAUUUUGAAAACAAAGUUGUUGAGGACAUAAGAAAAAAGAUUAAUAGUACAGAGACGAAAAAAUAUCAAGUACACGGCAACGAUAUGGAUAUAGAUGCAUACUUCACGGAUUGCAUUCACGCUGCCAGAAUUUACAUCUUAAAAGAACCUGAUGAAACACUACCAGCGGCUCGUCGACAUUUAAGAAUUAUGUACUGGGUGGACGUAAUCACGAAGAUACUCUUCUUCGUGUUUAUUAUAUACCUAUUAGCAUCCUGGAGUGAAAGUUUUAGAACACUGCUCACGACUGGUAUGACACACGUUACGAAAGGAUUAGAGAAUAUGUUGUAAUUUAAUCAAAUUAGAAUUGUUAUCAUCGACCACAUAAAGAUUAUCUAAUUUUUAUAUAAUGGUUUUCUAUCAUUUAAUCUCAAGGACACGACGGGGUUAUAAGUAUAUAGUGGUACCUUGUAGUGUACACUAUGCAGUCAAAGGUGUGCACUAAAUACGGGUAAAAAAACAAAUGUAAAUAAAGGUAUUAUUUACACAA